AUGGCUGCUAUCCCUUACGAUCUCAUCUUCGAGAUCCUCUCGUAUCUUCCAAGCAAAACCCUAAUGAGAUUCCGAACAGUUUCGAAGAAAUUCAACUCGUUGAUCACAGAUCCUCGCUUCUCACGGCUCCAUCACCGUCGUUCCCGAGAUCGUCUUUUCGCCCUCAGCGCCAUCUCCAAGCACCGUGGAUCCGACAGCCUCGAUCUCCGGAUCUUCCUCACCGACGAAAACAACGAGACGAUACACGAAUUCACGCGUUGUUUUUACAAAGACAGAGUGAAUAGAAUCAUCGGUUCUAACCACCAGCUCCUCUGUUUCGUCCUCGACAAUUCCCUCUCUUUAUAUGAUCCCAUAAACCGAGAUUUUCUCGAGCUGCCCUCUCCGUCCCCUCGGAGAGUUCGUUCCCCACACAGCGUCUCGUUCGGAUUCGUCGAUUCCACGAUGCAAUACAAAGUUAUCCGAUGGUAUCUCUCUCAUGGUUCUAACCUCGUGUUUGAGGUUCUUACCCUUACUGUCACCCGAGGUUGUCGUCUCGAGAUCUCUCCUUGGAGAUUAUCCGAGAAACACUGUCCGUAUCUUCUUCGCCAUUCUUCCCCUCCGGUUCACGUAGACGAAUACGUAUACUGGAGAUCGUACGAUUCCCAAAUCGUAUCGUUCUCUCUACCAGACGAGACUUUCUCGGUUCUAUCUCGACCUCCUUGCUUGUCGACCAAGAAUCAGAGACUUGAAAACGUUCGCGAGUUCAUGCUGUAUGGGAUUCGAGGAAAACUAUGGUUAGUGGACUGCGAUAAUCUCGAGCAGGCCGUGGAUAUCUGGACGAGAAGCGACGAGAGAAGUUCGAACUGGAUCAAGGUUCAUCGGGUCGGAGUUUUUUCGGAACGGUUAGCAUACACUCGUUCUCCGUUCGAGAUGUUGGACAUCCAUCGCGACUUCGUGCUGUUCCGGCUCUUACACCCGAACGUCGUCAUGUACUACGACGCGAGAGAGAAAACCACUCGUGGUACUGAAGAACUCAGAGGAGAGUUGCAGUUAUGUCAUUACGUUGAUGGAUUGCUGUCCUUAAAGAACGUUUUUUAUUCUUGA